CGUCCAAGUAUGUAAACAGUGUGCGCUUCUUCUUUAUCUUAUUACGAUAAAGAAUUGCGUCCAAAGAAUGAAUGUAUAUGAUAUCUACUUCAUUAAUGAUUUAUAUAAAAAAUAGAAAACUUCAAUGUUAUUCGUAGACCUAUAUUAGCAUUAAAAAAAUAUUAUGUUUGUUUAUACGAUUCAAUAAUAUAGGUAUGAAUACAUAUAUGUGAGUAUAGAGUGCUUUGGCUUAUUUGGAUAAGAGAUGCUAUAGGUAUUAUAUUAUUAUUAUUAUGAUGGAGUCGUUGUUCAGCAUAUACUAUACACAUAUGGCGAUCUGAAACGUAAACACUGACCAUAUGCAGCCAGUUAAAGUGCCUUAAUAUAGCGAAAACUGUAUUUUGAUACCAAUUUCUUCAUUUAUAUCUCCAUCACUGGAAGAUCUUUAAUACGAUGGCAGUCUAAAGUUUCUCAACAGAGAAUUUAAAAAAAAAGCAAUGCCUUAUUUUGCAAUGUUUAUAUGUUUCUAACCUUCAUACCAUCCUACAAUGGAAUUAGCAUCUUUGCUCCGAAAUUGCGUUGUCUCCAAAAAACUUGCGAAUGAUGUCACUGAAACUGCUGAAGAAAAAGAAAAAAAGGAGGAUGAGCAUUUUCGAGGUGUUUAUGGUAAAUGGAAAGGUGCAGAUGCAAAAGAUACAGAUGCAACAUACAAAGUGAUACCUAAAUUUUAUUUCAAAAUUCCCAAAGAAGAUGAAAUUCUGCCACAAAAACUCAGGGAAGAAACGAGAGCUCUUUUUUUACAAAGGCGUUCUCGACAACUAUUAGAUAAUAAUGAGUUGAAGGCAUUGUGGGUGCUGUUAGAUAAACACCACAGUCCACCUAUAUCAGGCGAUGAACAAUUAAUUAAUUACGAAGAUUUUAAGAAAGUUGGAAAACUUGCUGGCCCAAAGUGCAGUUUAUACUUCACUGCUGUUGUAUUUGCCAAAUUACAGCAAGGUGAUCCACAUGGAAGAAUCAGUAUUAUGGCACUUUUUAACUACGUAAUGAGAAAAGUAUGGCUACACCAAACACGAAUAGGUCUUUCACUGUAUGAUGUUACAGGACAAGGUUACCUACGUGAAUCGGACUUGGAAAACUAUAUUCUGGAAUUAAUUCCAACACUUCCACAACUUGAAGGAUUAGAGAAAUCAUUUCACUCGUUUUAUGUAUGUACAGCAGUUAGAAAAUUUCUGUUCUUUUUAGACCCUUUGAGGACAGGAAGAGUAAGAAUACAGGAUAUAUUAGCAUGUAGUUUUUUGGAUGACUUGUUAGAAUUACGAGAUGAAGACUUGCCUAAAGAUCUUCAAGAAGCAAAUUGGUUUUCGGCACCAUCUGCACUUAAAGUAUAUGGUCAAUACUUGAAUCUAGAUAAAGAUCACAAUGGUAUGCUGAAUAAAGAAGAAUUAUCUGGAUAUGGAACUGGUACAUUAACUGGAGUAUUUCUUGAAAGAGUGUUUCAAGAAUGCUUAACUUAUGAGGGUGAAAUGGAUUACAAAACUUAUCUUGACUUUGUUCUUGCUUUGGAAAAUCGCCAUGAGCCUCAAAGUUUACACUAUUUAUUCCGAAUUUUAGAUAUUAAUAAUAAAGGCUAUCUAGACACAUUUUGUCUAAAUUAUUUUUUCCGGGCUAUACAAGAACAGAUGACUAUGCAUGGACAAGAACCUGUAAGUUUUGAAGAUGUUAAAGAUGAAAUAUUUGACAUGGUCAAACCAGCCGAUCCUUAUAAAAUUACUUUACAGGAUCUUUUAUCUUGUGGACAAGGAGAUACUAUGGUUAGUAUUUUAAUCGAAUUUCAUGGUUUUUGGGCAUAUGAAAACCGUGAAGCAAUGGCAGCAGAUACUGGAGAUGAGUCAUCUCACGUAUAGCUAUAGUGUGAUUUUUUAUCCAAACAAUAUGACUUUAUUUAUUGUUUUUUUUCUUCUAUUCUAAAGAAAAAUAUCCAAUCAUUUCUUUUUUAUAAGACAUAAAGAGUGCCUUAUUCUUGAAUUUAAAGUAAUAAAGAGAAAUUUUUUUAUAUGGAUAUACAAA